AUGAGCAGAUCUUCUUCCUUUUCUCUGCUGAAGGAGAAGCCAGUGGUGUCCCUCUGGGGCUGCCAGCUGGAUGCAGACACCCGGAGCUGCCUGGUGAAGGAGGAAGAGGAUUUCUUGGAGCACUUGAUCCUGCUAAAAACGGUUUGUCUGGGGGCUGAGGCUCAGGAUGAGCUGCACCUGGUGGCUGUGGAUCCCAAAAAUAUCCAUGGAGACCACGUGCCAGUGCCCAUCGCAGCACUGAGGACCUCGGUGCUCCCCAUGAUCAGCCUCAAAGAUCUGGAGCUGGUCCCUCCCAUCACCUUCCUGCUCCAGUGUGGAGAUGGACCUGUUUAUCUCAGCGGGCAUCACGUCACCUGGGAAAAUGAUGCCAAGUUUGAAGCUGAGGAGGAAGAGUUCUCAGAGGAAGAUGAAAGUCAUGAGGACAAUGAUGGAGAAUCCUAG